AUGAUGAGCACCGCACCGCACACGCCCCCGCCUCAACCCGCGGGACUCGAUCGCAGCGAGCACAUCGAGGCAGGGCUUCCGACGCGUCUGCAGGCAAGCAGCGGUGCUCACAAGCCCGCGAUGAGUGACAUGACCACUCUCGACCCGCGCCUUGGUCACGUGGAGGCCACCACAAACGGAAGCAGCAGCAUCAGCAAUAGCCCCCACGAAGAGCAUGUGCGGCGUUCUUCGGAAGCGGCUGCCUCGUGCACGGCGGGGUGCUGCGAAGCUGAACCGAAGCCCCUCGUAGGCAUGUCUGCCGUCGCCCUCCAGCCGCCGCCACCCCUUUCGAUGCGGCAUUCGACGGCUGCACCAUUCUCCUCGUCCUCUGUCCAGUUGAGCCCCCUCGGCGACCGUGCCGGCGGCGGCACGAACAAGCACAGCAGCAGCAGUAGCAGCAGCAGCCACUCGGCUAGCCACACCUCAUCCCACUACCUCCUCGCCAUCCAGCGAGACCUCGAGAGUAUUGUGCGCCUCCAGCAACGGCAGCUGCAGGGGAGGAGUGUGUCGCUUCCAUCCGAGGCAAGCACUACAGGCAGUGUUCCACGGGUGUGGAUCGGCUCCGAGAGGGUGGUUGCAGCGCCAUCCGCGACAGGCGCGCACUACCACAUCACCGCCUCCGCCGACAAGCCUGAUUCGGCGGUGCAUCUCCAGUCCAUCGACCAUGAAAAGCGCUCAUGGUUCGACGGUGAAGGCGCGGCGCACGCACCGCACCGCCAGCAGCAGCCACAGCCACAGCCGCCGUUGCCCCCUUCGUAUCAUCCGUGCUUGACGGUGGCACCCGCCGGUGCUCACGCCGCGAAAGCUUCCGACACGGCGCCGCAGCUGUCACUCGGCCCGUGUCCGCCAAGCUUGCAGGGUACCAACGGCAUGCUUCUCUCACCGCCACCGCAUGUCGCCAGCGGGCCCAGCAUCUCCGCUGGCGCAGGCGGCUCCGUUAUGCAUCAGCAGCAACAACCGCAGCCACCGCCACCACCGCCCUCAUCCUCCCCCAUUCCAGCCUCUCUCGUGGAGUAUCAACGCUAUCUCAUGCAACUGGAGCAUCAGCAGCGCCAGCACCGCGAAGUGCUGCGACGGCACCACAAGCAGCGGAAGGAGAUGAUGGCGGCCGCGCAGCGUGGGGCAGCGAUGAUCGCUGUGCCGGUGAGUAUGACGACGCCACCGCGGCAACGAACGGGCGUCGGUGCCGCGAUGGAGAACCGACGUGACCGAAGCCCGCCGCUCGCGAUGAUGAUGCAAGCACUGCGGCAGCGCCGAGGCGACGGCCACGGGAUCGGCAGCUUCGACACGCUGUGCGGCGACACCUCGUCCUCCGCCAGCAGUAAGACCGCGCCCUCGGCGAAGCAACAGCGGAGCCGCCACUCGCAGAAACAGUGGCAUCCGACGACGUCGUCGCCAGCCCCAGCAGCAGAAGCCCUGUCGUGCGACCGUAGCGGUGGCCGGCAAGCGAGCGCCAGCCGAGGCCGCGGUCGCGGUGCUGAGGGCGCUGGCCCGCCUGCGGCCAGAAGGGCGGGAACACCAACCGAGGCGCUGAGAGACGCGUCAACGCGCAGUGGGUAUCGUCAGAGUACACCGAAACGAGAACAGCGGCGGAAAGCAAAUGUGCGGAACAGCCCCACCAGCAGCCGCUCAAGAUAUGCGAGCCCGCAACGACUGGCGACGGCGGUGGUGGAAGGGCAGGAUGUCCAGCACUUGCUGCUGCGCACGCCACCAUUGAUAGCGGGCUCUCUUCCCGGGUCUUUCCUACGCGCAUCUGGACCCACGGACGCAACGCCCCUGCAGGCGUGCGCUGAAACACCGACGUCGACCCGUCGGCAGUCCUCCUCUCCGGUGGAGGCCUUCGCCGACGCGCUGCUGAUGGACGUGAACGGGGGGCUCGGUACCGUCGGCGACGGCGCUUCCGCCGUAGGGCCGUUGCCAGCACCGCCACCACCCUUGAUGGUCACACACUCCUUCGCCGGGACGGCCAUCACGAGAGAAACAACCCCCUUCACGGCCGUCGGUGGCACAGCAACCGCGCCGGCACCCAUCAUUUUCGCCAUCGCACCGAGCGGCGCGGUCGUGAUGCCCCCCGGCAACGUCGCGGACGACCAUCGGAGCGAGGCGGAGAUGGCGCCGGCAGCCAAACAGAAGUCCCGGCACCACGGAAGCCGCGAUCGACAGCAGGGCACGAGCAGGGCGAGCUAUCUCACCACCACGACUACCACCACCCCGGCAUCGUCUACCGAGUCGUCGCCCUCACGUGAAAGGGGGGCACACACCGUGAGAGCGGAUGGAGGCGCCAGGAUGCGUGUGAAGGACGGCGCCGCAACGCCUGCUGUGAUGGGUCCAUCGGCAGCCAUCGCUGCCAUCCUGCAACGCCCUGACGCCACAGCAACUGCGCACUCCCGCCGUCAGAAGCGCUCCUACAGCGCGGACCCGAUCCUCGUUCACGGCAACAACGGCUUUAACUGGCGCGUGACGCGGCGUCGCAUCCGUGGUGCUGGAGCCACCACCACCACCACCGGGGCUGAGACCCAUCACAACGGUCACCACCAUCGCUCCAUGGAGGGCAUCAGCAGCACUACUCCCGAGCACGGCACGGGAACGCCGCGCAGCAGCCGCUACAGGUACAACGGCAGCAGCACGACACGACAGCGGAAACAGUCGCGGCAACUGUCAAAAGACACUCCACACAACGCCAGCGGCGCGGAUACCCGCGGUGACGCUCAUGGCGGGGGCAUCAAACGCCCCGUUGAUACCGCGAGGCAGCGGCCCGUGAGUCUGGGAGGCGGCGACAAGGCACAUCGACGUGCCAUACCUGGCAACGGCAACCGUAACGCGACCACCACUGCGGCAACACCUUCCCAUAGCGCCCCCGAAGGCGGUGAUGCGGUGAGCCGGCUAGCCCAUUCGCGGCCGCCCCCGCCUUCGCGGAGAGCAGCCGCCAUCUGGCAGGAUGUUAAACUCAUGUGGACCCCAGCGCCAGCAUCGCAGACCCCCUUCGCCGCUGUCUACCGCUACCACCCUCACACGCACCCCCCGAUUUCCUUUCAUGCACAGCAGCAGCAGCAGUCGCUGGUCCAUCGAGAUGUGUCACCGUCCGCUUUCGCGGGAAGAACUGCUGAAAGCACGCGAGGCCACACAACGGGUCACCCCUCAGCUGCAGCCGUGAGGGAUAGAGGAGCAUCACGAGCUCUGACGGGGGCUGCAGGAGCCGCGCCCCCCGCGCCGUCGCCGCCAUCUGCUGCCCUUCCCCAUACACAGCAGCCGAUGGCAUCUGCCAGUGCACCACUUUUGUGCAUGACAGACAGCCUCAUCGGUGCCGCAUUGCGCGAUAUCCUGCCAGUGUGCCGAGCUCGCCAGCGCGAGGUGGCGCGUGAGGUGGACCGUAGGCGAUACCAGAUUCUGCCGGCAGGCGUCGGUGGUGCCAGCGCCUCGGCGACCGUGCUCUAG